AUGGCUCAGCAUCGCAAAGCUCUCUGGGAAGCUGAUCUCGACGAAGAUCUACAAGAUGUUGACCUCAACCUGGCCAUCGGGAGCUAUGGUCAAAAUGGCUUGUACGAAGAUGCACAGCCAAGGAUAGAUGAGGCGACCCUUCUUGCUGUCCAGCAGCAGAUGGCACAGCAAGCCGCCUUUGCCCAGAUUCCGGACGUUGUGAAGCGAUUUAUUGCGCAUUUCCAUCAAGCUGUUCUGGAGAACAACCUCGCGGAAAUCACUCUGGCAUACGAGAGCGGCUGGAACCGACUGACCGAGAAGUUCUACGCGAAGACGGAGUGGCCGGAGGCAGAAGUGAUUGCACCUCUAGUUAACGAUGAUCCAAUAUUCCUUAUCCUCUACCGUGAACUCUACUACCGUCAUGUCUACUCCCGCCUCUCCCCCGACAUCGACGAUCGUUUCCAUUCCUACGAGAACAGCUGCGAGCUAUUCAACUACCUUCUCAACUCCGAUGGCCCCGUUCCCCUCGAGCUUCCCGAGCAGUGGCUAUGGGACAUCAUUGAUGAGUUCAUCUACCAGUUCCAGUCCUUCUGCGUAUGGCGGUCCAAGGUCAAGUCAAAGACAGAGGAGGAGUUAGGUAUGCUCGCCGACGCGAACCAGGUCUGGAGCUCUUACAGUGUGCUCAACGUCCUGUACUCCCUGAUUCAGAAGUCAAAAAUCAACGAGCAUCUCGUUGCACUCCAGGAGGGCAAGAGUGCUGAGGAGAUUGCUGAGAUUGUCGGCGAGUACGGUACUCGCCCACUCUACAAGUUGCUCGGCUACUUCAGCCUCAUCGGUCUCCUCCGCGUCCAUAGUCUGCUUGGUGACUUCACUCUGGCGCUGAAAGUCAUGGAGAAUGUUGAGCUCAACCAGAAGUCGCCAUUUACUCGUGUCACCGCCUGCCAUGUUACGACCUACUACUACGUUGGUUUCUGCUACAUCAUGCUCCGAAGAUAUCCGGACGCCAUCCGUGCAUUCGUCUCCAUCCUCAACUUCAUCCUCCGGAUGCGGCAGUAUCACACAAGGAGUUACCAGUAUGAUCAGAUCAACAAGACCGCCGACCGGAUGUACGCGCUCUUUGCAAUCUGCAACGCGCUCUCGCCUACUCGGGUAGACGACAACAUCUCCAACAUCGUUAAGGAGCGCUAUGGCGAGCAGUUCGCCAAGAUGUCUCGAGGAGAGGAGGGCAUCCCCGCCUUCGAGGAGCUCUUCCUCUACGCCUGCCCCAAAUUCAUCUCUGCCAACCCCCCGCCCUACGACGACCCCGAGGUCCUCUCCACCUACAUCAACGAUCCCCCGGUCGAGCCCGCGCAGCGCCACCUCUCGCUCUUCCUGUCCGAGGUGCGCGCGCAGGCGCCCGUACCAACGCUGCGGAGCUUCCUGAAGUUGUACACGAGCCUAGACGCGAACAAGCUCGCAGGUUUCCUCGAUGCCGACGAGGAGGAGAUGGUGCAGCAGCUGAUGGUCAUGAAGCAGGCGAGCCGGAGUGUGAGCCGGGUCGAGAACGAGAAGGGGCUGUUGGACGGACAGAUGAUCUCGACGAGCGACCUGGACUUCGUCAUCAACGAGAAUAUGGUGCACAUCGCCGAGUCCACCGUCGGGCGGCGGUACGCGGGCUGGUUCAUCCGCAACACCGAGCACGCGCAGCGCGUUCUCGACACCCUCCGUGUUGCUCCGCUCCCCGUUCCUCAGAGGCCCGCCCCACAGCCUGUGGAGGCGGCGAAGGAGGGCGCUACCGCUGCGCCGAGGCAGGGCGGGCAAAAGGUCGCAUGGGGCAGCGUGAAAGCCGCAUGA